GGGCAAGAGGGCGUCGGUUCGCCCUUCUCCGCACUAUCCACCGCCCGGCGGGUCUUGAGUCCGCCUUUUCCCCCCGUUCCGAGGUUCGCAGCUUCGACCCGCCGGUUCUCUUCUUCGCCCCAAAUACCAAGGUUCUGUCGAUCCUCCCAUCGCCCUCUCCGAGCUCUGAGGAUGCCCUAGCACCGUCGCGCCGCCAGUGCUCCGCCCGGAUCUCCUCUCGCCAGGCUUCUCCGUCAAGCUCCCCCUUCCUCAACUUGCUGCCGCCGCCUAUCUCUCCUUUAUUUUUGUAAAGUUGCCAUUUUACUGCCUGCCCUGUUAAUUACUACUACUUAUUCCCCCCAGGUUGUUACAUCUCAUACUGGAAAUUUGAGAAAAAAAAAGGGUUAAAUUGCGGGGUUUUGUGGGGUGGAUUUGGUGAGGGAGCUCUACGAACAAAAACCCUAAAAAUCCCCGUUUCCUGGAUUUGAACGCUCGCAUAUAGCUUCUUCUUAGAUUUUUGUUCUUUUUUUUUCCCCCUCAAUUUGUAGCGGAGUAUAACGUUGAUGGCGGAAUCGUUGGUUGCGGCGGAGGACGAAGCCACAGCACCACUUCCGCCUCCUCCGCCCACGGCGGCGGUGGCGGCGGAAUCCGGGAAUCCGGAGACGGAGGUCGACGGUUUCCGGCGCCGCAUCGAUGACCUCAUCUCCCAGGCCGAUGAGCUGGAGAAAAAGGUGAGUGAGGUUGUGGAGUUCCACGCAAACAAGAAACAAACGAAUAAUUUAAAGGGUAACUCCGUAGUUAGGGAUAAGGAGAAGGAGAGGCCGAUCGGGAAUGGGAGUAGCAAUAAUUGUGUUAAUAAUAGUGGAAGCAACAGUAAUAGUAAAACCCAGGGGGAUGCGGGUCGAAAGGAAGCUGUUUGCUCGAAGAGAAUGCAGGAGCUCAUGCGGCAAUUCGGCACGAUUUUACGCCAGAUCACUAAUCACAAGUGGGCUUGGCCAUUCAUGGACCCUGUAGAUGUUAAAGGCCUUAAACUUCAUGAUUAUUAUGAGAUUAUUAAGAAGCCCAUGGACUUCCAUACUAUUCAAAAUCGGAUGGAAACAAAGGAUGACUAUAGAUAUAAGAAUGUCCGAGAAAUAUGUGCAGAUGUCAGACUAAUUUUCACAAAUGCAAUGACGUACAAUGAUGAGAAAAAUGAUAUUCACCAAAUGGCAAAAACAUUGCUGGAGAAAUUUGAAGAGAAGUGGUUGCAAUUGCUGCCUAAAGUUGUUGAGGAGGUUACCUGCUGGUCUACUUGCUUCACAAUCGGUGCUCUAUGUGGUCAGGAAACAAGACAAAAGGAGGAGGAAGCACAAGUAAUUGUUAAUAUGCAGAGCGUUCAAGAGGCUAAUAUUGCGAGAUUAGCAAGAGAUACACAUACUGAGCUCAAUGAACUAAAUUCGCUUUUGGAGGAUCUUCGAAAAUCAGUAGUCCAGAAAUGCAGGAAAAUGUCCACAGAGGAGAAAAGAAAACUGGGUGUGGGUUUAAGCAAUUUAUCUCCUGAAGAUCUUAACAAGGCACUAGAGAUUAUUGCUCAAGACAAUCCAAACUUCCAAUCUACGGCAGAAGAGGUGGACCUUGAUAUGGAUGCUCAGAGCGAGAGCACAUUGUGGAGACUCAAAUUCUUUGUGAAAGAAGCAUUGGAACAGCAAGCAAAAAAUAGUGCAACCAAGGCUGACGAGAACUCAAAGCGCAAGAAAGAGAUAUGUGAUGCUCUCGCCAAGACGGCCAAAAAACGGAACAAAAAGCUCUCUUCUUGAUGUACCUUUCUUGCUCAUCAAUCCAUACUCCUUUUCUUGUUAUCGUCUUUGUUUAAAUUAUGUGUAAAGCCCUCCCUGAAGGACCGCCGUGCCAGAGUUGUAGAAAGCAUGUGAUUUUGAGCUCAAUAAAUCAUAAUUAGAAGGAAAAAAUAACUCCA